GUCACACAUUAUCGGUAAAAAUCUCGGUUCAGUUUUUAAAGUGAUUGCAACGAGCGAGGUGGUUCGAGCCGUCAAGAGUUGGAAGCGAUUGAAUUGCGUGAGGCUCGAGUUGUGCGAUUAUUUUUGUUUUAAGGAAGAACAGUUAUUUGAAAUUUUGAGGGGUAAAGUGACUUCAUAAGUGUUGUUAGGUAGUGUUAAACACGAAGAAGACGAUUGAGCAAAAAGGAUUCAGUGAAUUUAUCUGACAUAUAAAGUGAUUGGGAGUGUGGAUCGAACGAUCUAAGUGAAACAAGGAUAUUUAAAAAUCGGAAUGAAUGGUUGCUGAUACGUUAAGCCAGAAUCCAAUCGACUUCAGUUUCCGUCAAGAAAUGCAGAACUUCAACUCAGUCAUGGCCAGUUCAUUGCUUCAACAUCAGCAACAGCAGCAGCACCAGUCUCAGCAACAACAUCCGUCUAGUGGGAAAAGUUGGUACGAUAUGACCAUUAAGUCGGAACCCAUGGAAGCAUCGAAUAACUACGGUCAACAAUAUCCAAACCAUCAUCUUCUGCAUCAUCAUCAUCAGCAGGACACUCCAAUGACUCAUUCCAGUCCAACAUCUCCUCAAAGCAUAGACAGUAUGGACUCGAUGAGCAGUCGAAGUCAGUACUAUGAUGCAAAGCCAUCCAACGGAAUGAUGCACGGCUACAACCCACUUGGAUUUAAUCCACUAACCCCGCCUGGAUAUGCUGGACUUUUUGUUCCACCGCAACAGCAGUUAGCCAGGCAGACAACUCCGAACCGAAGUUAUGUGAAACAAGAAUCAAGCUACGUGACAUCUACACUCACUCCAACGCACACUCCUCCGAUGGACGUAACCCCACCAAAGUCCCCCAAAGAAAGUGCGGAAACUCCCGAAAAGGAAGAUGACAACGGUUCAGAAUGUGGAGAGUCUUACGACGGCAGCGAAGACGAAGACGGAAUCAGGAAGCCCAAAAUCAACUCUCACGGCAAAGUUAAGAAAUUCAAAUGCAAACAAUGUGACUUCGUAGCAGUGACCAAACUCAGCUUCUGGGAACAUACCCGAGGUCACAUCAAACCGGAGAAGAUGUUGACCUGCCCCAAGUGCCCUUUCGUUACCGAGUACAAACACCACCUGGAAUAUCAUCUGCGGAAUCACCAGCGAUCCAAACCAUUCCAAUGCCCUAAAUGCAGUUAUAGCUGUGUGAACAAAUCUAUGCUCAACUCCCACAUGAAGUCCCAUUCCAAUGUGUUCCAGUACCGUUGUGCUGAUUGCAACUACGCCACCAAGUACUGCCAUUCCCUCAAACUGCACCUCCGAAAGUACUCCCACAAACCGGACGUAGUUCUGAACCUGGACGGCACACCAAACCCGCUGCCCAUCAUCGACGUGUACGGAACCCGACGGGGACCCAAAACCAAGUCACAAAAAACUCAAAAUCCAAAAUCAGAGAAUCAACAACCUCAACACCCCACCCAAGCUCCCCUAACUCCGCAAUCCCACCAAAACAUCCCCAACCAAUCGGCCUUCACUCCCCCCAGCUCCCAAGCCACGAACCUCUCGCGAACUCUCCUUCCACACCAACUGCUCCCGAACCCCUUAGCCAAUAUGUUCAAAAACGCCGCCUCCAACAACCUCUCCCUCUUCCCGUACCUGAACCUCAACUUCCAGAUGUUCGCCGACCAGCAAGCCGCUAUGGCGCAACUCUCGCCCACCUUCCACCAACACCUCUCCUCGCAUUUCACCGAUAAACUCACCAGCGAGGACUCCUCUGAACCACCAUCCAAGCCCUCUUCCAUCUCCCCAUCCUCACCCGUCCGCAACCCAUCCACCACCCUGAGCGAAGAACUGCUCAAACAAAUCACGGCCGCAGCUGCCGAUAGCUCCAACCUCAAAUCCUCGGAAACCGAAUCCGAACCCGCACCUCCCCCAACCGAAGACCCACCAACACCUCAAACCCCCUCCGCCACCUCCACCCCAAACCUCCCACCCACUCUGCCCACCGCCACCGGCAGCACCGGGAAGAACCGCCGCAAAGGUCGGGCCUUCAAGCUAGAACGGCUUACCGACUUCACCAAAGCCCUGGAAUCCGCGCCCUUACCGAUGGACCAAUCGGACGACGAACACUCCAACACGUCCAGUGCCAACCCCGCCGCUCCCCUCACCACCUCCCCCACCAUGGUGGACUGCUCCGUACAAGCGUCCUUCGACCAGCCCGCACCCACCACCCGAAGUUUCGAGUGCAAGUACUGUGACAUCAGCUUCCGGGACGACGUCCUGUAUACAAUCCACAUGGGCUACCACGGGUACGACGAGGUGUUCAAGUGCAACAUGUGCGGUGAACGGAGCGACGAUCGAAUCGGAUUCUAUCUGCACAUUGCGCGAAAGGCGCACUGAUAUCUAGUCUAGUGGUGCAAACGGGAGACGCUGUCUGACGAUGUGCGCAAUCACGUCAAAGUCAAGACCGAAACAAGACGCGGAAGAAGACUGAAUCUAGAUCUGUAGCUGUUAGGUACGCGUGUGUGAUGUUGAAACGAAACGAGCAACGAAUCAAACCUCAAACUAACACUAUUCUGUAAGUUAAGAACGUUUGAAAUGGAUGUGAAACAUUGUUGUAAAAAGUAAGAGUAAAACUGUAAAACAUUCUGGAAAUCCGAGCAAGAAAUCAAAGAGUAGGUUAAGAAUUAGACAAACUAGAUAAAUAAGAGUGGAAGCUUCUAAGCUGUUGUUUAUAAAUAUUGCCUAAGAAGAAAAAUUGUUGUGUAAUUCCAUAGUUACUAGGAUAAGGCUCGCUAAGUACCUAUUUACCGUAUUUAUGAACGAAAUCAAUCAAUAAAUUAUUUGAAAUCCA